CGCCUGCGUGCACGCUGCGUUGCUCGUUUCUUUUGCGUGCAUGUGGUUGGUUGGUGGUUGCUUGUGCCUUUUUUUCUCUCACUCGACCUUCUCACCUCGUGGACACCCACCAUCUCGCUGACACACUUCGGAACCCCCCUUACACGACCUUCACUCAAGGACUCGAAACCAACCCACCUAUCCUUCUCCCCUUCCACUCCUCAGGAGUCCACCCUCUUAGAGGACCUGCGAACGAGACAGCAGCAAUGUCGCGCCACAACAAGUCCCAGUACCCACCAGGGUACUCCCACUACAGUCAGUCGCCGUACUCCAACCUUCCCCCUUCUGCCCCUCAGCACCCCGGUGUGCCGUUUCCGCAGCCGAGCAUGUCCGUGCCGUACUUUACGCCCAACGCCUAUGGGGCUCGCGGCGCCCCGCCCAUGCACGCCCAAAUGCAGGCCGGCACGACGCCCAUGGGCGUGCCCAGCUCCUACGCCAGCCCGUAUGGCUCGCACAUGAUUGCCCAGCAGCACCAGCAGCAGCAGCUGCAGCCACACACCAUGCCUGGCCAGCCUCCUCACCAGCACGGCCAGCGCCAGCCCAUGCCCUUGCGCACGGGUCCCACCAUGCCAGCUUCCACCACCGCCGCAACCAACCCCACCACCACGACGCCAUCUGCUCCGCCGAGCAGCAAGCCGGCCGGAAGCACGCUGCUCUUCAAGCUCGGAGAUAAGCCGUCCACCCCGACCACCCCUGAGGUGCAAGGCGACGCCACAAAGCCAGUCCAGCAGCCGCAGAAGGAACUGGAGGAGGCAGCCACGCCCCCGGCCGCCACCAUUACCAAGCCCACAGGACCCAAGCGCCUCUUCGAGGUUACCAAGCCCAAGGAAGAGGAGGCGGACAAGAACGCAAAGCCCGCCCAGGAGCACGCCAAGGCACCCGAGCCGCAAGCCCCGGCACCGGCUGCCGUCGCCACCACCUCCGCCGCUGCUGCCGAGCAGCCCAGCAAGAAGGAAGAGGAGCAAGCCCCAGCACCAAAGGCAGAGGCACCAGCCAGCAGCGCUGCGCCCCAGGCUGCCGAGGCCACGCAAGCACAACAGCCCGUUAGCGAGCAAGCGCAUCCCGCUGACCAGGAACAGCAGGAGCAACAACAAGAGGAAGCAGAGGAGGAAGAGGAGGAAGAGGAAGAGGAAGAAGACCAAACCCCACCAUCUCCCUUGCCCUUUGAGGGCCCCUACACCAUGGCUUUUAUGAUGAGCCUGCGCGAGAAGCCCCAGUGCCGGGAGUCGCCAACCAACCCCAACAAGUCGCUCAGUGGUCUUCUUCAAGGCACUAAGAACCCGCUCAACCAGUUCGGCCGCGCCCGCACAGAUGAUCGCCCGAGCCGCCGCCAGCCUCGCCCAGGCCCCAAUAACCAAUCCUCCUCGCUGCUUGUUGGUGGCACCCGCCGUCGCGGCGGUGGUCGCCGGCCCAUGCCGCCACCCCAGGCCCGCGGCCCACACCUCAUCUCCGUCCACAUCCCCGACACGGAUGUCACACUCAAGCGCUCCGAGAACGCAUUCAAGCGAGGCGAGCAGAGCAUCAUUGGCAACCUUCGUGGGCACCUGGGCAAGAUCACCCUGGACAACUUUGACGAUAUUGUCCUUGACAUUAUCCAGGAGGCAGAGCAGCUCCCUCCUGACAGCGAGGAGUUUGACAAGUUCAUCGAGCUCAUCCAGGACACGGCCAAGGAUAGCGAGUUCUUCUCCAUGAUCUACGCAAAGCUGUGCAAGUCCCUGAGCAGAGCGCGAACGGAGAGUAUGGGGGCCAAGUUCCCCACCUUCCAGAACAAGCUCCUGGCCAUUUGCAAGAAGGAUGUGCAGGAAGACUUCAAGACGCUUGACACGGAGAUCAAGAAGCUCGAGAAGAUUGUCAAGGAGCUGCAGCAAGGCAACCCCAACGAUCCCGAGCUUCAGAAGCAGGGCGACGAGCUGUACACGCUCAACCGCAAGCGCCAGAAGCUCAUUGGCAACGCUGUCUUUGUCGCUGAGCUCUUCAACGAAACUGUGGUAAGCCUUGACCUGCUCAAGCAGGUUGUGGAGACGUACUGGAAGCAGAACGAGGCCGAGGACGCGGUCAUGUGCAUGUGCAAGAUUGUGGAGAAGGCAGGCGCCAAGCUUGAGAAGGAGCAGAAGCCGCUUCUCGAGGAGUACCUCGGCCGACUCUCCGGCUGCAAGCACAUCCCCAACAAGCUCCAGUUCUUCAUCAUGGACAUCAAGGACCUUCGCAAGAAGGGAUGGGUCAAGCCUGAAGAUGGUCCGCGCAAGCGCAAGGAUGUUAUUGCCGAGGCGCAGGCUGAGAUGAAGUCACAUGGCCGCCCACUGCAGGGCAGGCGCACCAGCUCCUCCUCACAGCCGGGUGCAAAGGCAAAGAUGACGCAGGAGCGCCGCGACGUGAACAAGAUUGGUCUUCAGGGCAAGCUUGCGCCCAUGCGCCGCGCCAACCAGGCGUCCCGCUUCUCCCGCGGUUCCCGCCCGACGCCGCCCGGAAGCCAGUCAGCCACCCCGGCCCCAAGCAAGCCCGCCAACCGCUACAAGCUCCUUGGCGAGGCUGAGCCCACUCCCGAGCCUGAGACCCCUGCCGCCGAGCCCGCCCAGGACCUCGACAAGCUCAAGCGCUCCUGCAGGAACACCAUUGAGGAGUAUGUGCUGAACAAGGACGACAAAGAGCUGUACGCGUGCGUGCGUGAGCUUGGCGAGGACCAGUACCACGUGUUUGUGUCUGAGCUUGUGGCCGACCUGUUUGGUCUGAUCAAGGCCCCGAAGCGCGAGGCCCUCCUCCAGCUGCUGCAGAAGCUCAUGUCCGAGAAGAUUCUCACCCACAAGCACGCCCUGCAAGCCACGCACGACCGCCUGGAGACGCUCGAUGACGACAGCAUGGACUCGCCAAAGGCCCCUGCAUUCCUGGCGCAGUUUGUUGUCAACGGUCUUGACGACAACGAGAUUGAGACGCUGCUGAAGGAUGAGUCCACGCUCAAGCCGCUGAUGAACCCCUUCAGCUUUGUUGUUGAGGUUGUUGCCGCCAUGAACGAAGCCAAGGGCGAGGAAGCCGCCAAGAAGCUCACCGCUGCCCUGGGCGGUGACCUGUCCUCCUUCCAGAAGAGGAAGAACGAGGCGCUGUUUAAGCGCACGCUGGAGCGCAAGGGCUUGUCCUUCCUGCUGCCCACGGAAGCUUAAUGCAUUUGCAACCUCGUUCCUCUUUGGCUAAGCUAAUUCGUCUCUGUUGUGGUGAGUUUGGUCAACUGCGACAUGUGCUCGCCUGGUCUCGUCUUCCUCGUUUGUGUGGCGCUUUGUUUGUCUCUCUCUCUCUCUCUCUUGCUCUCUCUCUUGCUCUCUUGCUCUUCUUUCUGCUUUUCAACCGCCUUCUCUUGAACGCAGCUGCUAGAGCCUUUCAGCCCUAUUUGCGAAGACUUGUGGGCUGUUGAGGUUUGGGAAUUUACAUUUCGCUGCAAGAUCACCUUGGGUGCUCUUAGAGUCGACUACGGCUGCUUCCCAUCAGCUACUAGUCGCUACCGCACUCGUACACUUGUCUUUUUUGUUGUUGUUGUAUGCAAGUGUGCGUCUCUCUCUCUCUCUCUCUCUCUUUCAUUCUCUCUCUCUCUCUCUCUCCGGUCUUCUUGUGUGUUGUGUGCUGGCGCUGAAGCAGAGUAGUGCUCUGCUGGUCUGUUCUUCUGUUGUCAGUGUCACAACUUCUUUUUGUUCUCUCUCUUCGUUCCUUCGUUCCUUCUUUCCCUUCGCUGAUCUUGUACUUUGUUUUCUCGUCUUCUCCCUAGCACAGUGCACCCCAUCACACCCUGACCUCACUUUCUCACACCGUCACUGCCUUCCACCCCCUCCCCAAAACGUAUCCUUCUGGUUAACGACAGGCUCGCUCGUCGCCGUUCUCGCCUCUAUUCUGGGCUGUUUGUGGUUGUAUCUUGCUGUCGUUCAUGUGAUGACAGUAUCUGUACUGAAGCACCAGACCGUACUCUCUUCUCUCUCUCUUCCCUCUCUCCCUUGUCUCCCUCCUUUCUUGUUUCCGCUCAAUGUAUAGAUGUAUCAUCUCUAUGCUUAUUCCCUCUCAUCCCAAAUCCCCUCAAGCAGCCUCUUCCCGGGCUCUUGACUGAGAAGUGUGUUGACUGCUGCUCGUUCCCGUUUGUUCGCGUCCGCCCUUCCUCCCUCCCUCUCACCCCAAGAGAACCCGCAGCGCAGUCUGCGGGUUGCUCAUUUUUCAUCUCGUCCUUCUUCUCCCUCUCUCUCUACUUUGCUACUGUAUAAUCGCCCUUGCCUGACGCUAAUUGAGCAUGCGUCCCACCCGCGGUUGUCCCACGCCCAUUUGGGUUUGUUUGCUUUCUGUGUGCUGGGGGCGCCGAUGUGUGUGUGCUUGUGUUUGACGGAGGAAGUACACUGUUGGGUUUUGACCAAAG